AUGUCCGAAAUCAGCGGGAUACCACCCGCCGAAACCUCCCCCGCAUCUGCUCUCCCUCUCCCCAUCCCCACACCAUCUCCCCCACAGAUUCCCACACCGCAAGCACUGCAAAGCUGGCUCCCUCUAUACCUCUCCAAAACCGACAGCGUGCUCACUCACCUCUCCAAACUUUUGAGUACCCCCUCCGGAACCGAUGUUCUCCUCUGCACAAUCGGCUACAGUUCCCUCCUAACCUCCAACCUCCUUUCCCGUCUCUCCCUCCAUCAAAUCCGCCAAGCCGCUCGUCUUCUGAUCGAAAAAGCCAUUGCGCUUCCUCCUAAUACUACCAUCGUGCUCUCACCUUCUACUAUUCCCGUACCCAGUUCUCGAUUGUUGUUAUUAGCGACUCGAUUCAAGGCACUGAGUGCAUUGAUAUCCGAUUUCAGGACAUUUGGGCGUCUUUGGGGACUUCUCGCAAUUUAUAAAUGGGCAAAAGCAACGUGGAACAGUCCGCCCGAGGAUACAUUAAUUAGAAAGAUUGUACAGAUCCAAGUACUUGCGAAUCUCUGCUACCAAGUUUUGGAAAACGGCGCAUAUCUCAGUUCCAAAAAUAUACUUCCAUGGGAUAAAACUAAGCAGGCGAAAGCGGGGAUCUGGAGUGUGAGAUGUUGGAUGGUACACGUGGGACUUGAUAUUGUGAAGUUGGGCAUCGAGUAUGGAAGAAGAGAUAAGGAGAUGGCGGAGAUGAAGGGAGAGAAAGAGAAGGAACAUAGAGAGUGGAUGGAGAGGUGGAGGAAGAGCUUAAUUGUUAAUUUGGCUUAUGCACCUUUGACGGUGCAUUGGAGUUUGGAGGGUGGUUUGGUGACGGAAUUCUGGGUUGGUUUAUUGGGAACUGUGGCAGGAGGAACGAGCUUGAGAUAUUUGUGGAGAAAUACUGCAUAG